GAAACGAGCAGCCGGAAAACGGAGCCGGGAGGAGGCCACUCCUGAAACAGAAACCACUCCACCACCACCACAGCCUAAGAAAAGAGCAAGGAAGUUAAAGCUGUGAUGAUGUAUCAUCAGUAAUAGAUGGAUGGAGGCAGUGAUUCGGCCGUCAAUAUUCAAAGCAGAGGAGAGGGAGGAAUGGAUCCGGAUCUGAGCAGCAGGAGAGAAAGUUGUAUAAUCGAGACGGCGUCCGGCGUGAGCCUGGACGCCCGAGUGUACAGAGGUAAAGGAUCGGAGGUGGCGGUGGUUCUGGUGCACCCGUACUCAGUGCUGGGGGGUUUCCAGGGCCUGAUGAAGGGGAUAGCCAUGGGGCUAGCAGCAAGAGGGUUUACCUCUCUCACCUUCAACAUGCGCGGAGUCGGGAACUCCACCGGCCGCUCGUCUCUCACCGGCUCCUCCGAGGUUGAAGAUGUUGUAGCCGUCUGCCAAUGGGCCUCCCGCCAUCUCCCCACCUCUCGGAUUCUCCUAGUCGGAUCUUCUGCAGGUGCGGCCAUAGCAGGGUCGGCGGUGGAUGAGGUGGAGGAAGUGGUGGGGUAUGUCGGGAUCGGGUACCCGUUUGGGUGGACAGCGUCGAUACUGCUGGGGAGGCACCAGAAGGGCAUCCUACAGUCCCGAAAGCCGAAGCUGUUUGUCAUGGGGACCAGGGAUGGGUUCACCAGUGUCUCCCAGCUUCACAAUAAGCUACUCGACACUUGGAAUAGUCAGACCCACCUCGUCGACGGCGUCAGCCAUUUUCAGAUGGAAGGCCCUGCCUUUGAUGCCCAAAUGGUUGAUCUCAUUUCUCAAUUCAUCCACAACCACUUCAUCACCACUCCUACUUGUGCUUGAUACGCUGCUCUCAGUUUCUUUCUUUCUUUUUCUCUGCAGCUGCAGCAGCGUUGUAAUUUUAUGAUAUGUAUGUUUCAUUUGACAUGCUUCAACCAA